GACGGUGACGGCGACACUGACGGAGAGGUGGGGGGUGUGCGUCCUUAUCCUUCGGUGACGAUGGAAUGACUAAAUGAAUCAACGAUGGUGGGUGGAAAAUAAUUCAAUGAAGAGGGGGGUGGACUGGCGGUCAGACGUGGAAGCCGCCCGCCACACACGCAUGGUUUAGGGGACUCUCUUGGCAAGCCAUGUAGGUUGCCCUUUCACUCACGUGUUCCCUCCGACGGCUCAGUUCAUUCCAAGGUCGUCGCCACUGGAUGGUCAAGGUCAGGCGGAAGGGGAAUGGGGUGGGGGAGGCCUGCACGUGUCAGGAAAGUGGCAGGUAACGCUUCCAGGCUCCGUGCGGCCUUACGCCACCAGGAACCAUGCGGGCUUUUUUUUUUUUUUUUUUUUUCUUUUUUUUUUUUUUUUUUUGUGGGAACAGGAAGUUGAGGGCUGCACGCCACACGCUAGUCGCCCGCGCGAAUCCUGGACGGUCUGGGUGGCGAGACUUGCCAUCACGUGUUCCCUCCGUCAUCUCAGUACAACCCCCCCCCCGUCGCGACUGCCCCACGAGGUCCUGUUACCUGCCCAUCCUUUUUACCUGGAGGAAGCGUCUGUGGAUGACCGGAGCGGGUGGCGGCCGCCUCACACUUUCACUGAAUUUUUUCUUUUUUUUUUUUGGGCAGGAACGGGAAAGUUGAGGGCUAUAGAAUGGGCGGUUGCGGGUCCUGGAUGGUCUGUACCCUCCGACAUCUCAGUACAUUCCUCCCCUAUGGUCAAGGUCGUCGCGACCGCCCCACGUGAUCCCGUUACCUGUCAUCCUUUUACCUGGACAAGGCGUCCGUGGAUAGCCGGAGCGGGGCAGUUGCCUCUUCCACUUUCUCCGACCACCAGCGGCGUGGCUGACGUAAUACUUAUGCCAGAUGGUCGCCUUAUUAUUAUUAUUAUUAUUAUUAUUAUUAUUAUUAUUAUUAUUAUUAUUAUAGCCGGCACGUGUUCCCUCCGAUAUCUCAGUACAUUCCCCUAUGGUCAAGGUCACCGCGACUAUCCACGCUGUACCGCUAUAAUCUCCAGUCUGUCGACGUAUAUAUGUCAUGAAAAAGUAAAGUUUAAAGUCAGUCUGUUAGUUGACAGACUGUCAUUGAGAGAUAGUGACGAUAUAUACGUAUACCUAUCUUCUCUUGCAGGUGGUAGGUCAUUUCCCAAAAACACAACAACAGAAUUUGAAAACAGAAUCUUACCUAUUCAUUUAGACACCGGCAGGGAUUAUGAAGUCGGCCUGUGUAAUAUUUUAUUCCCUAAAUAUUUCUACUGCAUUACGGAAGGGGAUCCAAAUUCCAGUAUAUCGUUCUAUGGUCGGGUUAAGCAGUCAGACUUUGAUAUUGACUAUAAUAUGUAUACCUAUCUACCGGAAAGGAAUAUCAUCUCCAAUUUUACCGAUAAGAACAUACCGGCCAUAACUAAGGUGAUUAAUGGACAGAUAGUGAGAGAACUUCAAGCAAUCUUGAAUGACUCCUUUAAGAUCUAUUUCCCUUACUCGGAUAUCAUUUAUUAUGACCAUGACUUGGAGCGGGUCGUUGUGAAUAACGCGAUUGUCCCUCCUAAUGACAAUCGUAUUUACAGUGAUAUAAGUACAAAAUUUGCAUCGCAUAUAGCUCGCAUUCUGGGUUUCAAUCCAAAUUUUCGCUACACCGUCUACUUUCAAAGAUCUGGCGACGUCAUUUCAUCUUGCAGCGCGAGCGAAGCUUCCUCCUCAUCACCCAUAAAAUUAUUCACUCAAUACGUACCGCGAGCUGAUGCAGGGACGGAUUAUAUGUACGUUUAUACCGACAUCAUUUCCCCCACGCGAUUUGGUAACCAACUAGUUAAUAUAUUAGACGUCAUACCACUCGCCGGCGACAGCACCAGUAAAGGUGCGAAUUCAGUUACGUAUAAACCACUUUCUGUAUCAACUAUAGAGAGUGUGGCCAUCAAAAUUGCUAAUCAAAGAGGCAAACCUAUUCAGUUUGAAGAUGGGGAAAACAGUGUUACUUGCGUGUUACAUAUAAGACUACGUUAACUUUGCGUCUCGGAUGUAAAGUUUUGAAGAGAAUCGAUCAAGGUGGGAUAAUGGGUGGAGUGGAGGAUAAUGAAACAGGCAGGUGUUGCCUACUUCCGAGACAAGUCAUGCGCCUCGCGACCAUCUGCGCGGGAAGCUUCAGUGUUUCCCCGUGCGGCAUGGCGGCCGGGACAAAAGUGUUGACAAUGUUAUAGAAAAAAAAGAAAAGAAAAUGGGUGUUCACUGUGGAACAGCAGAUGCGCGGCUUUUAUGUGAAGUGUGUGGGAGAUUGCGCACUAAUCCAUCCUGCCCCUCAUGUGUGGAAGACCAGUGUGAUUUAUGCGAGCGGUGUGGACUUCUGUUUCCAUAUCCUCCACCAGAACACACCUGCGAAGUUGGGAAUCCUGCUUUUUCUGGUAAGCAUUAUUACUUAUUUUGGCGGGAAUGUAUAAUAAUAAAGAUGAAAUGACUGUCAAUCUUUACAAGUCUGAGCUCUGAGCACAUCUUCCUGUACAGGCUCACACUCGAUUGAGGUUGAGCAGAACGGCGACGUAGAAGACACACGUCGGUGGGCGUCGCAAGGCGACAUCCCACGCGGAGGCGGGGGGAAGAGGUGAGAAAAAAAAAAAAAAUACUACAAAUAAUAAACCAAUAAAUGCGGUGCCGCCGCCACUACUAAUAUUCUUUUUUUUUUAAGACUCGCCACGGCCAGGACCGAGUGGAUUAUCGGGGAACGUAUUCAAUUCUUCCGAGACUUCAAGUCCUUCACUACCUACACAAGACACGCCACAAGCGGAGGCAGACCACGAUGAGCGCAGCAUGGUGGGAGAGUCGGCGGAUGCAGACCUUGACGAGCGCGGGAUGCCAGAAGAACCGCGGUUAAUUGACUCAAGGGAAAAUUUUAUGAGGAGCUUCACCAGACAUCAAUAUGACAUACCUGAUCAUAUAAGCAGAGAUCCACUUGGUCUACUUACCGAAUACAGGGAGUUCUUUAAACGGGAAAUUAGAUCAUAUUUCACGUCACACGGCUCGCCAUUCCCCCCCACCCUGAAAAUAUUUUCACACAUUUCUCUGUUACUAGUGAAAUUCUCUACCUUAGGCGAGGAUGAACAUCGAGUCAUUCAUAUUGCUUUUAGAGCACGACUGAUCACCUAUCAAGAUGUGCCUGACCUUGUUGAUUUAUGGAUCCAUCAGCUGAACAGUCGGCUGGAAAGCCUUACCAGCGAGACUGAAGGAUCUGGUUUCAUCAUUUCAAGAGUACAGAAUUUUUUCAUCAACUAUUGCUUACACGUCGCAUGUAGUGGCAUAGGAAAUUAUGUUGCUUACCCUAGAGGCGUGCGAGGUGGGAAUGAAAUUUUCAAUCCUGAUGGCUGACAUUCAUCCUGUGUUAUUCAGUGUUUGGCGGCUUUCAGACUUCAUGCUCGAGGUGUACCUUGGAAAAGAAUUCCAAAAAUAUUACGGAGACGGCAUGGCGGAGAGAAAUACGUCACUCGCGGAAAAGUAGACAGUCCAGUGACUUGGGAGAACUUGAGUCAGUUAGAAAGGUUAAAUCGCCUGUCUCUGGAUGCUUAUACACUGACCAAAAGCGGUGAGAUAUACUAUUUAACAUUAUAAAGAAAAGGCUCACGGAAGUAUAAAACUGUAGUCUCACUCCUUUUACUAGGUGGAAGACAUAUGACGCUCAUUAAAGACGUGGAGAAGCUGCACUGGAAAUUAACGAGAAGCUGUCCCAUCCCAGAGGGUCAUCAGUUUUGCAAAAUAUGUUUCAGCUCAGUUCCCAAGUCUGUCAGUUUGAGUGAUCACGAGUGUCACUGCGACUUCACUCAAACUCUUCUCUUUCCAGGUGAUGGCGAAAAAGUAAAAUUUAAAAAUUUUGCUUACACCUAUCAGCCUGCCUACUUAGCAUUUUUUGAUUUUGAAACUAUGAUAAAACCUAAGGAGAAUAGGAGUGUGAUAGCUGAACAUUACCCAAUUGGAUACUCGUAUCUCAUCAUCAAUAGGCAUGGAGAUGUCGUGGAAAAGAGAAGUUAUCUCGUUGAAGAUCCCAUGAAUAAUUUCAUUGAUAGCCUAUCCGAAGCUUGGCGAAUCAUCAAGGAAAGUGUAGUUAGCUAUCCAAUUACCAUGUCUGCGGAGGAUGAAGUCCACUUCAAACGUCAGCGUCACUGCGAGCUCUGCCAUCAACCCUUUAAUGUGAAAACCCCACCUCAUAAACAUCACGACCACUCAUUACCACAAAAUAAUUACAAGGGGGCAUUGUGCGCGCGAUGCAACCUCCAGUGUCGUGACAUGAGGAAAUAUCUCAUCACUCUAGCACAUAAUGCCAGCCUCGGUCAUCUCGCUCAGAGUCACGUGCAGGCGGGCUAUAGCACGCGUUACGCCCAGGAAAUGGUGAAUUACCUCCCCAAGGAUGUAAGGCGUGUAAUUUGCACUCAAAAACAGUUUCUUUGUUAUGAGUACAUCACCGACCUUGGCCGCUUAGAAGAUCGACAAUUGCCACCUCGCGAGGCAUUUUAUGACACGCUCAAGGGGAAGGCUCUGUCACCUGGAGAAUAUGAACACGCUCAAAGCGUGUGGAGUAUGACAUCCUGCCGCACUUUAGGCGAUUACAUAAUACUGUAUUGUGAGAUUGAUGUGGGAUUAUUAGCCGACACAUAUCUCAAAUAUAGAUCAUACCUGCAUGAAUUUUAUGGGCUGGACGUGGCACAUUAUGUGUCACUGUCUUCUUAUGCUUAUGACGCUUUUUAAAAGUCGACAGGCGUUCAACUUGAUCCACCUUAUGACCCUAGCAUGUAUCACCUGAUCAAAAGAAAUGUACGAGGAGGCUUUGUAACUUGCGUCAGGCCACACCUGCAGUCAAACCAUGAACCCGACGGUGGACCCGGCACCUAUGUGUUCUAUCUGGACUAUAAUUCAUUAUAUGCAAGCGUUAUGUGUUACCCCCUGCCUAUGGGUGACAUCAAAAAACUUUCUCAGUCAGAGAUGGAUUAUUUUUUUGAAGUUGGCAUCCAGAAUCAUGCGACAGAUGGUGACAUCGGUUACUGGCUGCAUUUGGACAGCUGUGACGUUUCCCCCGACGUGGCUCGGAUCACGGACGAGUUCCCUCUGUGCCUCGCACACAUGACUAUUACAGAAGAUGACAUCUCGCUGUACAGUAAAAGACUGUUAGAAGCUGAGGGUCGUAAGCUGGGGAGGAAAAAUCGUAAACUCGUGGCCAGUCAUAAGGGACUGAAAGAUCAUCUCAUCAGUCUGGAAUUGCUGCAACUUUUACUCUCACUUGGACUGGAAAUACAAUGUGUUCAUGCUAUAUAUAGCUUCAGACAGGCUCCAUACCUGAAACCUUUCAUAGAAGGGAACGUCGCUCAGUGUAAAAAUGAGACGUGCGCCAUUAAAAAUCGCAUUUGCAAACUGAUGUCAAACGCAGUUUAUGGCAGAUCCAUGUUAACUGAAGUGAAGUAUGGCCUCCAACAGAAAUUAAUGACAAAAAGAAAGUCUUUCCUGAAGUAUGCAAGAAAUCCAUCCUUUAAAAGGGUCCACCAAUUAGGCGAGGACCGAGUCAUAUGUGUCAACAGUAAGAAUACGAUUAAAAUCAGGCAGCCAAAUUACUUGGGAUACCAUAUUUUAGAAGUGGCAAAGAAGUACAUAUACAACUUUUGGUAUCGCGUCAUCAAAGCUAAUUAUGGGGAGAGAGCUAAAUUAGCUUAUGAAGAUACUGACAGUUUCAUUUUCAGUCUGCACAUACCUACAAACUUAAAUGAUGAACUGAAACAUGGACCCAUGGCAAAUUUUCUCAACACCAGUAACUUUGCUUCAGAUCACCCGUGUUUUAAUGAGGAGCGGAAGGGUCAACUAGGCUUGCUGAAAUCUGAAACCGGAUCCACGCUCAUCAAAGAGGCGAUUAUAUUAAAGCCAAAAAUGUAUUCGCUGCUGUUGGAAGAUGACAAGCAAGUAUCUCGAGAUAAAGGCAUUCCAACUCACCUUCAGCAAAAUAUAUUGCAUCAGCAGUAUAGGGAAACACUUAAUAAUGUCGCAUGUGGGAUGGUGGAUUGCUAUAAUAUCAGGAAUGUGAAAGGACAAAUUUGUACCACUUGUAUGCGAAAGCAUACGUUCUCACAUUUUGACGACAAGCGCUUUCACGUCGAUGGCUAUACCUCAAGGGCGUAUUAUCACCCCGACAAUGAUCAGCAGGAAAGAGAUGUGGAGAAUGAGAUGGAAGAGGAGGUGGCGGUGGAUGUGGGGGAGGUGGAGGUGGAUGAGGAAGAGGAGGAGGAGGAGGAGGAAGAAGGGGAGGAAGAGGGGGAGGAUGGGAUAAUGAGUGGUCUGUGGCGUGAUCAGGAGAGACUUUCCGCGACAUUAUUCACAUCAUGAUUAAGGGGUAGAGAAAGAGAGGACGCAGCUGCUAGCAGCUGCCCUUCAUGUAAUGUAAAAAAAAACAUUUGCACUGACCACGUAGGCUAAGGAAGAGGGGGAGGCGGAGAAUGGAUUAAUGACUGGGUUGUGACGUGAUCGGGAGUGGCCUUCCAUGACAUUAUUCACGUCAUAAUUAAGGGGUGGAGAGAGACCACGGCCGCUAGCAGCUGCCAUUCAUGUAAUGUAAGAACAUUUGUUUUGAGUACGUGGUUAAGGAGGGGAAUGAGGGGAUUGCUCAUGUACUGUAAGAACAUUUGUACUGUCCACAUGGGAUAAGGAGGAUGAGGAGGAGGAGGUGGAAGAAGAGGAGGUAAUGUAAGAACAUUUGUACUUUGGUAGGUUAAGGAAAGGGAGGAGGAGGUUGAGGAAGAGGUGUGGGUCGGGGGAGAUCCACGUCAUAAUUAGAGGGCAGGGAUGAGGAUGCAGCUGGGAGGUUAGUUAUGCUGUUACCUACAUGACCAUGUAAAUAAAGGUUAAUCAAUAAAUACUGUAAACAUAUCGUAGCGUUUUUAGUAACCCUCUGAACUUAACAUGGACAAGACAUUUAGCGAAGAGAUGCUGAAUCUCUUCAGAUAUCCUGCACGCAUAAUUAUUGCAGGUUAUACAAAUUCCGGCAAAACACACCUCUUCAAUAAGAUUAUAGAGAAAUAUCAGCAUGGAUUUAACAGAAUUAUCAUUUGUGGCGUCUCAUCGCAUUCGCUGCAGCAGAAUUCCCCUUUUCAAGAUAAGGUCGAAGUGCAUGAGAAAAUUAUUGAUCCCGUGAUGGAUGAUGACAGCCCAUACGCCGACCCGCAAACGCACACACUCCUGAUAUUAGAUGACAAUUUCCUCACGGCUGGCAAUUCUCAAACGAUAGGAGAGUCUUUCAUCACAGGGAGACAUAAAAAUUUGUCAGUUAUAAGGAUAGCACAGAAUGUCUUUUUCCCCGGAAAGUAUGCUAGAAUGAUAACUUUAAAUGCCUCACAUUACAUUCUUAUGAAAAACAGAGAUAUAUAUCAAAUUGAAUGUCUGGGCAGGCAACUUUAUGGAAAGGAGCGCGCCAAACACUUUGUGGAAAUUUAUAAAAAUGUCGAGCUUAGACGAGAUCACGGUUAUUUGUUGUGUGAUUUAUCACCGAACGCACCCGAAGAAAUUCAACUGCGCACGAAUAUUGUGGAUGAGCCAGCCUGUGAGAAAGUCUAUUUGCUAUGAACGCCGUUUUGGACGAACUUUACCGGGAUAUGACGAAUCCUGUGGCUUUAGGAGGUGUGCAAGCACUCUACAGAGAGGGGAAGAAAAGGGAUAAGAAUCUAACACUCCGCGAUGUGAGGGCAUUUCUGCAGGGCAACCGCACUUAUACGCUUCACAAGCCGACGCUGAAACGUUUUUCCGCGACGAAAAAUUCUUGCUCCUAAACCGUCCGUCAUUUUAACUUGUGAUUUGGCUGAUUUUGCGAGGCUGCACAGACACAAUGGCGGCGUCCGAUACGUCAUGUUUUGCCUGGACGUCUUCAGCAGGUACUUGAAAGUGGCAACGCUGACAAGUAAAUCCGGACGCAGUAGCCUGCAAGCACUGAAAAAAGUUUGAGUCGGGGAGUUUUACAGGCGUGUCGUGUCUUUUUACCGAUCAGGGAUCCGAAUUUUAUAAUCAAGCAGUGAAAAAAUAUCUAACUUUGAAAGGUAUUACCUUGUAUUCCAAUUACUCACGUGAAACAAAGGUGAGUUUGGCAGAAAGGGUCAUCCAAACCAUAAAGGCAAAAAUAUAUAAAUAUCUCACGCAGAACAAUACACUGACGUAUAUUAACGUCUUGCCCACCCUAAUAAACACGUACAAUCACACCCCACACCGCGGUUUGGGUGGCAACCAAACGCCAGCCCAGGUUCACCGCUUCCGCGAGCUGUCACAAGUCAGAAGGCAAUUUAAACGAAUGUAUUUAAAUCGGCCAAGGGGAAAGAAAGUUGUCAGUCAUAAAUUAGACGUGGGAGACAUUGUACGCUUGCAACGUGCUUCCCGAACGCAAUUUAAAUUCAAUAAGGGUUAUACCGUCAACAAUACCGAGGAGCUUUUUAAGAUAACAUAAAAUCACAUAAAAUCCCUAUUUAUUACAUAAGGGAUUUGGCGGGGGAGGACGUGACCGGCGCUUUCUACAGGGAAGAAUUAAUCAAGUCCUCUUUUCUUUCACGUUACCAGGUCGAUAUAUUACGAUCGAAGGUCGAGCGAGGUAAGAGAAAGUACUUCGUCCACUGGCGUGGGUAUCCAGAUAAAUAUGACAGCUGGAUAGAUGCGGACGACUUAGUAAGAUAUGGAUGAGGAAAAACCAUUGAUAUUGAAGUACAAAGAUUUGGUUUUCCUCCUCUCGCACGUCACCCCUAAAUUGCGGAAGCAGGUCUUGCAAAGUUUGAAUAAGCGCGAAGUCAAUUGCAUCUCGGAAAUAUUCACCAACUUUUUGAAGAAACGCCUGACGGAUGACGAUACCAUCAUUAACCGCCUGAAAAAAUUCAAGAGUGAUAUUCGCACUGUAGCCUUGAAGAAGACGUCCGUGUACAAGAAGAAAGCCAUUCUAAUCUUCAAACGAGGUGGCAGCAUAUUGGCCGCGUUACUCCCGAUAGCCGUGUCGGCAAUAACAAGUUUACUACAGAGAUGAAAGAAUAUUGUUUAGUUCCCGUCUCAGUUGCUGAGAGGUGUAAGUUUAAACCGGCCGAGAGCGCAACCCAGCACCGAUUCAUGUCAAAACAAGUCAAGAAAAAAAAAAAAACUUCACUUCCGCCACCGGCCACCGCCCUCCCUGACACAACCACCGUGGCACCACCACCACGCGCGCCUGUCAAUCCGCCCUUGGAUGAUUUGAUUUGAGUUGCUGUUCCUCCUUCCUUUAGAGAAUAUGGUUUAUCUCUCUUGAAAUUAUUGGAGGGUAAACCUGGGAUUUCAUGGAAUGAUCGCGGUAACUUACUUCUGCCAUUUUCGGGCAUAAGCGUGUUUGAUCUCAUACGAGUAAUCAGUCACGGAAAGGGGGUCGCGAAAAGACUUUCACCCGAUAAGCAUCCAUUAUUAUCAUUGCUACUUUGCAUGGCGCAACUCCCCGCGGAUGCCAUCAGAAAUACAACUCAACGAAGUAAACUGAUAGGCGGCGGGGUUGGUGACAUCUGGGAAGCAUAUUAAAUGAGAAGGCCCCCUUCUUACUCUGUAAACGAGUAAGUACAUCAAUAAUACAUGAGAGCACGUGUUAGGCACGUCAGGGGUGUAGGCCCACGGAUGGAUAAUUGAUAAGGGUUAUGGUCAAAAAAGGUUCGCCCCCAUCACCCACAUCCCCUAAUAAAUAAUACGUUCCCCGCCUUCCAUCCCUUCCCACCAACAAAGGAAAAAAAAAUAACACCUACGUUAAUUUGAAUGAAUAAAUUCUACUACGCAAGAGGUGUAAUAUCGACCAAUACAUGCGAAUAAAGGUCCGCGAUGUCACAUUUCCCCCUCACUCACCUCACAGAGGGUUCAACGUGUGGAUCAGCCCUCUAAUUACUCGUCAAGAUGAAGGUGGUCGAGGGCAAGCUGACCGAUGGCAUCUUCCGCGACCGCCGCUGUUAUAUCAUUUACUCAGUAAAUGCUGUCUCCACCGAACCGUGCAGGAUUGCGCGGGAUCUCAAAACUAUUUACCCAUACGAGAAUACACAUGCAGCUAGAAAGAGACUCUACUCGCUUCAUCGGGCCACGGCAGACACGAGAGAUGACCCAGGACGUAUCAUUAUCCAUGCGUCUCCCACAGGAAGCGUAAAUCUCCCUCACCUGGUGGCCUGCGUGAUUCAGUAUGGUUGGGGCGAGGCCGUCGAGGGUAACGAGAAGGCGCAACAGGCAAUUGUGACGUCAAAGCAUUUGCCUUACGUGGAAGGACUCAAGAUGGAUACAAGCAUGAACUGACGCCAACACUUCCAGAAUUGCCUGAAAAAGAUUGCCCUGCUAGCCAUGGCGAACGCUGAAGUAGAGCAAAUUAUUAUCCCGGAAGGACUGGGAUGUAGAGGUCGCUGCCAGGAUGAGUGGAGGAAUAAUUACCUACCUAUGGUGGAAGGGCUGGCACAGCGACUUCAACCUUUUGGAGUUGAAACUAUUCUGGUGAGGAAGUCUGAAUAACUUUAUCAUGUAAAUUUUAAAAUAAAGUUGAUGUGUGUUUGACAAAUCGAGUAUAAAUGUAUUCCUUAAUUGGGGUGGCCGUUAUUAUUUAUUUUGGUCAUGGCAAGAGUGGAGCAUUAUCUGUAUUUGACGAGUCUGGGCAACGCCCAAGACUGCGUAUAAAUCGCUCAGUAAAACUAUUAUCGAUUCAAUUGCGAGUCAACUCGUGGAUCAAGUUGGCCGAGCCAUUCACUUUGGGAGGGGUAAAUCGAUUACACUCUUGCUGCAUAUCAGACAGAAAUAAAUAGCCGGUGAUUAUGCUCGACGUCUUAUUCAUGACAUGACAUCCAUCAUGACGAGAGCGUUCACACCUCCCACUCGAGCGGAAUACGACUUGCUUUUUAUGCAAAGCAAAGGUGGAGGUUUAGACGACAUCUGGGUUUUUAUUCUACCCCAUUCAAGAAGAGGUGGCGGCCUAUUUUCUGUUUUGAGUGGCUUUGCUAAAAGAGCAAUUCCCUUUCUCAUCCGCACUGUGGCACCCGAAGCUCUCCAAAUGGGAAAAGGUUUAUUAACAGAUGUUUUAGAGGGGAAGUGACUUCGCGAAUCAUUAAGAAAUAGAGGUGUUGCAGCCGUGAAGGGCGUGGGGGAAAGGAUAGUUCGAGGCGGACGAGUAAUGAAAAAGAGGAAAGUUGGAGUAGGAAAAAAAAAAAAAAAGAGAAAACCACCAACCAGGCAACUGAAAAGAAAGACUUGCUAUAAAGCAGAUAUCUUCAAUAUUUAGCUUAGUCGCGAAGAUGACUCAUUACGGACCGGAUGUGCAGGAUGGAGCGACCUCCACCCCCCUGAGCAAUUAUCUGACGGCCGUGAGUGAGAAUUUUCCACGGGUGAAUCGCCUGCAUACCAUCGAAUCGUCAGUCGCUGCGAGGGGAAAGUUGGACGUAUUACCCAUUAAUUUAGACGCUAAUGCUAAUAAUCAUGUGGUGAUUAACGAUCCUUACAUUGAAUUUAGACUGCCUGGUAUUCCAGGGCAAUUUUUGGAUGUAUCAACGCUGUCUCUAGAAUUGCAAGUUAGCGCGACGAAGGCAGAUGGCGCGCCACUAGACGAUGACGAUCACGUUGUUUUUAGUAAUGGUUUGAAUAAUACGAUGUUUAAGUCAUGCGCUUGUUAUUUUAACGAACAGCUUGUGGAGUCAUCCUCUUUGUUCAACUAUCACGCCUUCAUUAAAAUGAUUACAACAAUCCCUCAGGAUAAAAUUGACUCUAUCGGUCGCGUCGCCUUGUACCACCGCGAUUAUGAUGGAUCAAAAGGCAUAAUCAAUAAAUUUGAUGAAGACUAUUUCACGGGGGGGAAUAAAGAUGAGAAACAAAUGAUAAAAGAUUGUAAAAUGCACGGCAUUUUGAUGACUGCGCCUUUGUUUUCGGACACUUAUCUGCUUGACUCUGUUGAUGUUAGAAUUCGAUUAGAAUUGGCUAACAAAACAUGGAUUCUUAAUUCACACCAAGAUGCCAGCAGUUUCAAAUUUAAGCUCGAGAUGGCUAAGUUAUGGGUUGACCGCGUCACGCCACAUCCGCCUGCCUUAGAAUCGUUAAAUAACUCCUUGACUCUAAGUCCAAUGCAAUACGCUUUUAAUAGAAUGUUCAAUAAAACGUAUGUGUUAGCCGCCAAUCAAACGUCUUUGAUUGCCGAAUUACCUUUCGUGCAAAUCAUACCACAAAAUUUGACCAUGGCAAUAGUUGAUAUGGACAGCUUACAAGGCGUAAUUGAUAAGAAUGGUUUAUAUUUUCAACACGCCGAUCUGUCACAUGUACAUAUCACCGUGAACGGGGCGACCAUUUAUAACGUUCGCAGCUCUUUCCCGCAUCAUACGUCAAAAUUGUUUUACACGACCCUUGAGUCACUAGGAUUGGACACACGUAAUUCCCUAACAUUUGAUGCUUUUAAUAAAGGUCGGACAGUAUGUUUCUUUAACUUUGUGACGGAGGACGUGCACAAUGCCAUCCCUCUGGAUAAAUCAGGAAAUCUAAGAAUUAAUCUGUCUUUUGCUAAGGGACGUAAUCACAACCGCGUCAUCAUGUUUUUCGCCGACACUACUGGCGUCAUAAAAAUUGAUCAUUAUCGUCACGUUCGCUGCAUUGUCCGCGCAUAAGCCGUCAUGAAUGCACGUGAAAUACAGGCCGGUCUAGCAGACAUCUUGGGUGAUUGAGUUUAUUUUUUAGGCUAUCAUGACCAUCGCCGUGUAACAGAUCUGAUAAAUCUUGCUAAAAAACAGGCGAAGCCAUGCGUUUUCAUUCUAAAUACAAUGAGUGACUCAAAGACCAUGGGCCACUGGAUUACUGUUUAUCUUAAUUUUCAAAGUCAGACCAUAGGCUAUUACGAUAGCUAUAACUUGCACCCCAAAUACAAUUCCGCCGUCUUACAUCAUUUUAUGCAAACUUGUCCACAUAUGAAAAUUAGCACAUUAAAUUAUCGACUUCAGAGGUUGAAUUCCCUCGUGUGCGGUAUUUAUUGCAUGUUCUUUCGCCUUCUACUGAGUUGGCAUACAUUAAAACGUGCAAUGUGUAUCAUUCACGCCACCUUCAAAAAGCAUCAAUAUCUAUAUAAUGACAAAAAAAAUUAUUUGUAUGGCUUACGUAAUAUUUCGUAAAAUGCCCCAUUGCAUGCCUACGUUUUGCCCAACCGGCAGCCGAGCGAGAUGUCGUAACAUCUGUAAAGCGGUAAUAAGGUAGAUUGGGGGGGGGAGAUGGCAAAGGGGGUCAAUAUGGGGUAAUUGCUGACGGAUAAGCGUCACUUCGCCAUCACCUCUCAACCCAGUCGGAUGUCGAAGCCUCAUCUCCAAGAAUGGAGCAAGCUGACAAACGUUUCAUCUUGAGAACUGCGGGUGAGUACACCAUUGCCUUGCAUGCCAUCUCGCAUCUUCACUAUUGUAAAUUGCAUUAACGUUCUUUGCCAAUGAAUAAGAAGAGGGAGAGGGGGAGGGGAAAAUAAAAACUCUUCCAUUGUUCUCAUCGUUUUUUUUUUUGUCUGUUACAGAACGCAUCUCUUUCCGCUUUGAUAUCUAUCUGGGCGAUGCUGGGGGUAAGCGAAGCCGUGCCGACCAUGAGGAUGUCAAUGUGGAGAAAAUGUCGGAACCUGCAAAGAAGAAAUUGAUCUUUAGCGAUGACGACAUGUCGCCGCUGCCGGUCAGCCCACCUCCUGAUGCUCCAUCAGGACAGGAGUCGCAACAGCAGCAGCCAGCACAGCAGUCGAUGCCGCCACCUCAGGAGUCGCUGAUGCCGCCUCCGACCGAAACACAGCUGCGGCGGUCAGAUGAGUCGGCAGUAGGCGGCAAAGAGGGUCAGGAGGUGAAGAAGAAGUCGCAGGAAAACAGAAAAAAAAAAAAAAAUAUUCCCCCUAACAUGCCAGAGGAUGACAGCACACCAAAACUCCCCGUUGCUCCAGCUGCCCCUUGUAAGAAGCUGAUUCCUAGAGUUAUUAAAACUACGCCCGUCAUUGACAGCGAUGACGAUGAUCUCUUCGCCUUCAAUUCGCAAAUGUUUUGAAUGCAAGAGAUGUAUUUGCCCUAAUAAAAAUAAAAUGUCCCAUCGACUCUGCAUAACAUUUCUAAUAAUAAUAAUAAUAAUAAUAAUAAUAAUAAUAAUAAUAAUAAUAAUAAUAAUAAUAAGGCCAUCCAGCAUAAGUAUUACGUCAGCUACGCCGCUGGUGGUCGGUGAAAGUGGAGGAGGCAACCGCUCCGCCCCGGCCAUCACAGACACUUCCUCCAGGUAAAAAGGAUGGGCAGGUAACGGGACCACGUGGGGCAGUCGCGACGACCUUGACCAUAGGGGAUGUACUGAGAUGUCGGAGGGAACGCGUGAUGGUAAGUCUCGCCACCCAGGCCGUCCAGGAUCCGCGCGGGCGGCUAGCGUGUGACGUCCACGUGGCGGUCCAUUCUAUAGCCCUCAACUUCCCGUUCCCGCCCAAAAAAAAAAAAAGAAAAAAAGCCCGCAUGGUUCCUGGCAGCGUAAGGCUGCAUGGGGUCUGGCGGCGUCGCCUGCCACUUUCCUGACACGUGCAGGCCUCCCCCACCCCAUUCCCUUUCCGCCCGACCUUGACCAUCCAGCGGUGACGACCUUGGAAUGUACUGAGGUGUCAGAGG